GUUUCAUCCAGUAUGGGUGUCAGCGGGCUCCUAACUGUCGCUCUGCAUGUUCUCGUGUUUAGAGGCGCUGCACCAUGGGUAACCAAAUGCAUAGAUCGCCUUGAAGAUAAGGUCAUCUUCAACUGCCCUGCAGAUCACGUGAUCUACCAGCCUACGAUUUUGCUUGGAUCCAGUGCAGAUGGCAGGUGCAGGUUCCAAGAUGGCGACUGUACAGGUCAAACGCUGGAGCUCCACAAGGAGAGAGCAGCAUGCUUCUGGCAAAAGUGGUGUAAACUUCGUUGGAGAAGUGACCAGCCCAUAACGCACCCAGUCAACGCCAGCUGCAGGAAUGUCAGGCCAACAUACGUCAUGUACGAUAACCCUACGUGUAUUCGGUCAGAUGAGAUCCUUGAUAUCUGUUCCCGUGAUUCACAGCUGUCACGCAUCACCAAGGGCGUCAUUCGCAGCAGCCCCAGUUACCCGGACAACUAUGCCGACAUACUGACGUCAUGCAGGCAGGAGCUGAAUUUCCGGCCUGGCCAUACCUUGGUCAUCACUGUGGACGACCUUGACACAAACGGUCAUCGUCAGGAUCAUCUAAUGAUCUCGAGUAGGGCUGGAUCAAGGGAUAAAGUGUUGUUUUACAAGCGCUCCUUGAAGUCGAAGGAGGAAAACUUCCUCAUACAAGGGGAAAGCGUCACUGUCACCUUCAACAUUUCAGCCGGUGCGCGGGCAGGACGUGGCUUCAUACUCCGAUUCGAAUAUAUGAAAGACGCAAGCACCCAACGAACAAUCAAGGACCUCGUACAGACACCUUCCGUGAAAAACUCCCAGGCUACAAACACUGCCGCCACUGUGAAAGGCUCUGUUGACAAAUGCAUCGUCAGCAGGAAAGAUUCCAUGAGUAUCGUGUGCCCUUCCGGUCACGUGGUAUUCAAACCUGAAUUGGUAGGUGGCGUAAGCAAUGGCGGAAAAUGCAUGUCUGUUCCUGGAGACUGCCAAGGCCUAACUCACACUCUCGUUACACAGCGGAAUAGAUGCUUUUGGAAGAACUCGUGUGACUUCAGCUGGACGAGAGGAGUUCCUUUGACCAUGACGAGCACGUUGAACUGUUUGGCCCAGGUUCCUAAAUACAUCUCUGUGAAAGGUUACCAGUGUAAACCCAAGGAUUCUGUUUUCGACAUGUGUGACCGAACCACACUUUUGAUCAACGCCACAGCUGGUAUCAUACGGAGUCACUCGAACUACCCAUGGCAUUAUUCUGCAGUGGAGACAACCUGUCGUAAAUAUAUCCCAGUCCACAAGACAUAUGGUUUACGUAUAUACACUGACGAAAUCGACCUUGACCCUGACACAAGACAGGAUAAUCUCCGGUUCUUCAACGCCAAGGGCGAGAUGAAGAAGGUGAUAGGGAGCCAGAAUGUGGACAUCACCGCCAAGGACGGAUGUAUCAUGCUGCAGUUUCACGUCUCCAAGAGGUCUAAGGGAGGCAAAGGUUUCAUACUAAAGUUUGAAACUGCAGUGAAGUCUAGUGGAAGCACGAGGAUGUUGCCGUCACAAACCUGCGAGGAUAUGAUGAAACUGAGUAAACAUCACCGCAAUACUGGAGUCAAGCUUCCUAGGGGACGAGGGGCGGCACGUUGCUCUGACAUGGCUGGGGGGAGGAGUCGGUGUAAGAAGAAGAUUAGAGGAAGCAGGAAAGGCAAAAAGGGCAUGUCUGUUGGCAAGUCAACGGCGAGGAAAUCUGGAGCAAACUGGCAGAAUACGGAGGGUAAAAAGACCAGAAGAGGGCGUCGCAACAGACGAGGGCGGGAUAAGAAGAGAAGGAACAGACGAAAAAAUAAGAGAGGAAGGAAGAGGAAGAGCAAAUCGAGAAGAAGACGACGACGGCCUCAUGUCCAUCGAACGUCUGUCGAUGGAACGUGGAAUGCAAUAGAUAGCUAUGCCUCGUGAACAUGUACUGUUAUCAUAGUUUACAAGGAUGUGUUCGAUGUGUCAACAGUGCUGUCAAAUCAUUUCAACCCACGUGUGUUCAGUGUGUCAUAGGUGUUGUUAAUUAUUUCAGAACAUAUGUGUUCAAUGUUGCAUCGUGUUGUCAACUCAUUGCAAACCACAAGAUGUUCACUAUUUCAAAGGUGUUGCCAAUUAAUGGUAACCGCAUCUGUUCAGAGCUUCAAUUGUGUAGUCAAUUCAUUGCAAACCACAAGAUGUUCACUUUUUCAAAGGUGCUGCCAAUUAAUGGUAACCGCAUCUGUUCAGAGCUUCAAUUGUGUAGUCAAUUCAUUGCAAACCACAAGAUGUUCACUUUUUCAAAGGUGCUGCCAAUUAAUGGUUACCGCAUCUGUUCAGAGCUUCAAUUGUGUAGUCAAUUCAGUGCAAACCACAAGAUGUUCACUAUUUCAAUAGUGUCGUCAAUGUUUCAAUUACCAAACAAUUCAUCGGCCAUCGUGACAAGUUUUUAAGCGUUCAGUUGAUUCAUGAAGGGGAAAUGACCUUAAGAUAUCCAACGCAUAGAGAAUCUCACAGUCUUCUGACAUCAAAUGUGUAUCAUAUGAUACACUCCGAGAUGAGAUCAGCCAUUCAGGUCUUAAACGCUUCGUGUAUAUUGUAGCUUCGUAAGAAAGAGAGUUUGAUUUUAUUUAUAAUCAAAUAUUCUUCAUCAGUCUUAAUGUUAAAAAUCAAUGUAUUACGUUAGAGACCACGUGUGGUCUUCAUCACCAUCUUCAAAUCAUAAAGGCAGAUCCCCGCGCAAAAGAAUAUCAAAAUGCACCUCUUUGAUAAAAUAAUAAUAAUUCGCAUUUGCCUGCUUAUCUAGUCUAUGUUAUGGCACGAUAUCAACGAAAAAUUACUAACUUACUAUUUUUAUUUAAGUACGAGUGGACAUAAAUUUAAAUCUAAAGUAUGAGCGAAAUAUAAUUUAUUUUACAAAUGGUAAAUUUGUCAGUGGGUGAAUCGGUUUCGGAAACACUGCCAGUCUGGUGAUAUGGCGAAGUCGUAUAGGACGUCACUGACGAAGGUGUUACAUGUCGCUGUGUUACAUGUAUGACGUCAUAGAUAUUGAUCCUAUUUUGCUUCGCAUUCAAAUUUAUCCGCACAAGCCAAAUUGUGUUCAGUAUUGCUACUGUUAUGUCGUCUCGUUGUUGGAAUGAAAUGAAUGAAAGAUUUUUUAGUAAAUGGUUGACACAAAUGCAUUUAUCCGGUAAUCGGACACCUGGUGUUCUGUUCACAAUAGCAAAGAUUUGUUAAUCCGUAAACUCGUUUAUCUGGACUCUUUGACGGGAAACCAUACGGAUUAACGAGGUUUCAUUAUGUAUGAAAAAUGUGUGUGUGUGUGUUUCUGUCAUGGUGCUGACUUCAUUUGCUCGAAACAUUCCGAAAAUGUGACUUUUUUUACAUUGUAUUGUGUAUUUAUUCAAUUGAAUUUUUCUGCGCUACCUUUUUUCAUUAUUGUUCAUGUUUCAAUAUGUUGAAUAAAAUGUUUAAUUUUC